GUGGGUCUGGAUUCUGUGUCUUGCACUUCCAAACAAGGCAGCUGUGGUGUUCUGAGGUUUUUUGAUGGGUUAUUCCAGUGUUCCACCUGGAUAAGCCAUUAGGAAGGUCCAGCCAAAUUCAAAUUUGAAGGAAGGAUGGUCCUGCUCAGCCUACCCUGGUCAUCUUACUGAAGUUUGGAUGGACAAGGAGCACAAAGUUGACACCUGACUCGAUGGGAGACCAAGUGGUGACGAUGGUGGCGGACUUUUGUUGAACGCUAUUUACACGCAUGAUGCGCGGCCAUGGCGUGGUGUGACCGCGGGCUCCAGACUCUCCUGGCCGUCGCGGGCGCCUUCGCCGCAUUCAGCCUCAUGAGCAUCGCCAUCGGCACUGACUACUGGCUCUACUCUCGGGCGUACAUCUGCAACGCCACCAACGCCAGCACGGACGAAAGCCACGCGCAGAGCAAGAAAGUCAAAGGCGACCUGACGCACUCUGGACUGUGGAGGAUCUGCUGUAUAGAAGGUAUCCACAAAGGAAGCUGUUUUCGGAUCAAUCACUUCCCGGAGGAUAAUGACUACGACACAGACAGCUCGGAGUACAUCCUACGUAUCGUGCGAGCCUCCAGCCUCUUCCCCAUCCUCAGCACCAUCCUGCUGAUGCUGGGCGGCCUGUGCGUUGGCGUCGGACGCAUCUACAGCAGGAGGAACAACAUCCUGCUCAGUGCUGGUAUUCUCUUUGUGGCUGCAGGCCUGAGCAACAUCAUCGGUAUCAUUGUUUACAUCUCCAGCAACGCCGGUGAUCCCAGCGACAAGAAAGAUGAGGACAAGAAGAACCAGUACAACUACGGCUGGUCCUUCUACUUUGGAGCCCUGUCCUUCAUAGUGGCAGAAUCAGUGGGGGUCCUCGCCGUCAACAUAUACAUCGAGAAAAACAAAGAGACACGCGGCCGAGUCAGGCGCGACUUCAUCAAAUCUACCGCCUGCUCUUCGCCGUAUGCGCGUAUCCCGAGCUACCACCGCAGACGGAGGCGCUCGCGUUCCAGCUUCAGGUCGUCCGAGCCCUCCCUGGGAGGGCUAAAGCGGGGGGGAGGUUUUGGCGGGGAGAUGAGCUUGCAGGUGGGAGACAUAUCCCUCUACACCUUCCGCAGGGACCCUUUGAAAGGGGCGAGACAAUACAGUCCUGAGAGUGACUCUGGCUUCUUACAGGUCCACAACAUCCAGAAAGAUGUGAAAGAUGGCGGCAACAGGAGGACCACACCUGUAUGAGUGCUCUUGUUGGACUUUACAAUAGGCUUGAUAGGGACACACUAGGCAUUACGUUGUCACAUACUCUGUGUGUAUAUUUACAGUGAAGUGAAAAAGUAUGUCCCCUCUUCCCAAAUAUUUUUUUGACACAGUUUUCCCAGUUCCAAAAAUAACCUGUGAUAUAUGAAAUCCGUGAAGGAGUCAUUUUUAUUUUUUACAAAAUAUGACAUACACAAUACAAAACUGUAUUGAAUGAAAUCGAAGAUUUUGGUGGACUAACGGUAAAACAAAGACAUGCCUCAUUUGUCAUUUGUGCCUUACUUCAGGAUGAAAACUCACAUUGUCCACAAUCAUUAUCAGAGGUGAGCAUGUUCAUCCAGUCAUCCCGUGACAGUCAACUGGAAAUCUGGGCUGACAUGGGCUUGACUGACACAGGUAUGCUCAGCUUUAGGUAAAAAGAAUCUAGAUAGCUCAGAGCUCGACAGUAAAUUCUUUUAACUGUCUUAUGACAUCCAUCCAUCCAUUUUCUAAUCCUCAUGAGGGUUGCGGG